AUGGCCAUCCAGAAAAAGCACGGAAAAGGUCGUUUGGAUAAAUGGUAUCGCCUGGCGAAGGAGAAGGGUUACCGAUCUCGAGCUGCAUUCAAGCUGGUACAGUUGAACAAGAAGUAUGGAUUCUUGGAGAAAAGUAAGGUCUUGAUCGAUCUUUGCGCUGCGCCUGGUGGUUGGUGUCAAGUUGCCGCAGAAUGUAUGCCUGCCCAGAGUAUUAUUGUCGGUGUCGAUCUCGCCCCAAUCAAAACGAUUCCUCGAGUCAUCAGCUUCCAGAGCGAUAUUACCACCGACAAGUGCCGCGCUACAAUUCGUCAACACCUCAAAACUUGGAAGGCAGACACCGUUCUUCACGACGGUGCCCCCAAUGUCGGAACAGCUUGGGUGCAGGAUGCUUUCUCCCAGGCUGAGCUGGUACUGGAGUCACUGAGACUCGCUACGGAUUUCUUGAUCGAAGGCGGAACCUUUGUCACCAAGGUCUUCCGAUCCAAGGACUACAACCCUCUUCUGUGGGUGUUCAAGCAGCUGUUUGCAUCAGUCGAGGCAACCAAGCCCCCGUCAUCUCGUAACGUCUCUGCCGAAAUUUUCGUUGUCUGCCGCGGAUACAAGGCACCCAAGCGCAUCGAUCCGAAAUUCCUCGACCCUAAGCAUGUCUUCGCGGAACUUUCCGACCCGACCCCGAACAACGAGGCUAAGGUUUUCAAUCCCGAGAAGAAGAAGCGUAGACGUGAAGGUUACGAGGAGGGCGACUACACUCAGUUCAAGGAGAUCCCAGUGACCGAUUUCAUCAAUACCACAGAUCCCAUCGCCAUUCUGGGUUCUUACAACAAACUCAGCUUUACAGAGCCAAUUGGUGGAGAUAUUGCCAUGACGACUGUGAACCGGCUUGAGGAGACUACAGACGAAAUUCGGAGAUGUUGCGAGGAUUUGAAGGUCCUCGGAAAGAAGGAGUUCCGCAACCUGCUCAAGUGGCGAUUGAAGCUCCGCGAGAAGUUUGGAUUGGUGGUCAAGAAAAAGCCGCAAGGAGAUGAGGGUGAAGGCGAAGAAGUCGCAGAGGUCGCCCCUAUGGAUGAGGAACUGGCUAUCCAGGAAGAGUUGCAACGGAUGCGAACCAAAGAGUCUACGCGGGACAAGAAAGAGAGGCGCAAGGAGAACGAAAAGAAACGAAAGGAGAUUGUCCGCCUUCAGAUGCACAUGACCACUCCUAUGGAAAUUGGUAUGGAGCAACAUGGACUUGGAGGUACAGGUCCGGACUCCACAUUCACUCUUCGACGGGUGGAUAAGGCGGGUGCCAGAGAUGCUGUCAUCAGCGCCCGUGAUGUUCCCGUGGAAAGCGAGAGCGAAGAAGAGUCUUCGGAAGACGAAGAGAGUGACGACGACGGUGAUAUUCUGGAAAGAGAUCUCGAUUCGAUGUACGACCAAUACCAAGAGCGCAUGCAAGACAAGGAUUCGAAACUGCGCGCGAAGAAGGCACGCAAGGCUUACGAAACCGAUGAAUGGGACGGUUUCUCCGAGGACAACAAAAGCGAUGCCUCCGACAACGAGGUGGAGGAGGAGGACGAGGAGGAAUCCUAUGCCGCUGCUCCCGAAGAUGCAAUCCCUCGUCCGGGCAAUAUCUCAAAUAAUGCCGCUCUAUUCUUCGACCAAGAUAUCUUCCAGGGCGUAGAGGAGGAGGAGGAGGAAGAAGAAGAAGAAGAAGAAGAGGAGGAGGACGAGGAUGAAGAUAUGGAGGAUGUGGAGGACAGUGAGACCGAAGAGGAGACCCCUGCACCUAAGAAAAAGAACAAGAAAGAACCCAAGAAGCAAACUUCGGAGUGGGUUGAUUCGGACGAUGAGCCUGACCACUUUGAUGAGCCUCGGAAAGCCAACGGCCAGUUGGAUAUCGACAUUAUUACCGCCGAAGCCAUGGCUUUGGCUCACCAGAUGGCCACCGGCGAGAGAAAAUCCAAUGACAUUGCUGACGAUGGUUUCAACCGCCUCUCAUUCCGCGACGUGGACGGUCUCCCGGAAUGGUUCCUUGACGACGAGGGCAAGCACAGCAAGAUGCAACGGCCGGUCACCAAGGCUGCUGCGGCUGCUAUCAAGGAGAAGUUGCGUGCUAUCAACGCCCGCCCCAUCAAGAAGGUGAUGGAGGCAAAGGGUCGCAAGAAGUUCAAGGCUGCGCAGAAGCUGGAGAAGUUGCGCAAGAAGUCCGCUCUUCUAGCCGAUGACGAGGCUCUUAGUGAGCGCGACAAGGCGCAGUCGAUCUCCAAGCUCAUGAGCAAAGCCACCAAGAAGAAGCCCAAGCAGCAGGUCAAGCUGGUUGUGGCUCGCGGUACCAACCGUGGUAUUUCUGGUCGUCCGAAGGGUGUCAAGGGCCGGUACAAGAUUGUGGAUGCGCGUAUGAAGAAGGAUAUUCGGGCGCAAAAGAGACUGGCGAAAAAGAAGGCCUAA